UUGGUGGCUGUGCUCGCCGUUGGGUUUUCGAUAUUUGUACCGUGUACUGGCGAUGCAACGAUUGUCAGCAUGUCGCCAUUCUGCGAAACGCGUCCGGUCUUGCGUGCGUCCGAUCGACGUGCGAGCCAUGAAUGGUAGCACACGACGGCGGCGCCACUCGGCGGUGACUCGGGGAGUCGACGCGCCCCGACCGCAGACGCACCAGUCGCAGCGCAUCGUCGUGUGCGGGGGAGGGAUCGUCGGCCUCACGUCGUGCUACUUUCUCGCGAAACAGGGCCACGAAGUGGUGUGCAUUGAAAAGGAAGCGCACGUCGGAGACAGCGAGAUGUUUCAUGACCCGACGUUGUACAGCUCGUGGGCUGAUGUGUCCCUCCUCUAUCGCAAGCACAUGACGACCAAGAAACCCGCGGACAAGCCGUUUGAAGUCGCCGCCGCCGCGUGGCUCGAUCCGGCGUUCUGGGCAUGGGGACUCAAGUACAUGACGAGCGCGACGGCGCGAAAGGCCAAGGACAACGCGCGCAAGUGCCGCGAACUGUGCAACUACAGCGAACGGAUGCUGGUCGAGUUGAUGCGGAAGCAUCCCGCCCUCGACGAACAAAUGGAGAAAGUUGCCACAGGCACGUUGGAGCUGUUCGCGUCGGGGGCCGACAAGGAUGACGCGUGGCAGGCCGAUCGCAUCAAGCAGUGCCUGCACGAGUUUCAGUAUCCGCUCCAUCCCGUCGACACGGAGGAAGCAGCCGCGAUUGACCCGGCCAUCUUGCCCGACGCGAUGGCCGGCGGCGCCAUCUUCUCGCCGCUGGGCACGAACGGCGACGUCCACCGCACGUGUGAAGCCAUGGUCGGUCUGUGCAAGCAAGCGGGGGUCAUGUUUCGCCUCAACACCGAGAUUGAAGACUUGUUGGUGGUCGACAACCGAGUCGUCGCGAUUCAAACCAAGAUGCACGAGUUGAUCGAAGGCGACUGCUUCGUCUUGGCCCUCGGCAACGACACACCCAAGAUGGCCGGGCUCGCCGGCGUCAAGCUGUACAUGUAUCCUGUCAAGGGGCAUGUGAUCACCAUCGAUCGAAACCAGCUCUUCCCGCCGCUCCGAUGCAACGUCUUUUCCGCGAGCCACACCGGCACGGUCGUGUCGCCGUGCGUCGACGGGCGGAUCCGCAUCUGUGGCGGUGCCGAGUUUGCUGGCAAGGCCCACGGCGUGAAAUCCGUCGAGACGAAGCGCGUCGCAAGACUCGUGAGCCAAGCCAAGAUGCUCUUUCCCGACGGCUACCUGGACGAGUCCAACGUCCAUGCCGACGUGUGCCUGCGGCCCGUGAGCGCCGACGACGUCCCGCUCAUCGGGCAGACGACCGUCGACAACCUGUUUGUCAACUGCGGCCAUGGAGCCAAGGGGUGGGCGCAAUCGUUUGGCGCGGCCGCGCUGUUAGCCGACGAUAUCAGUGGCAAAAUCCCGGCCAUGAACAUCGACCAGUACUCGCCGCACCGGUUUGGACUGCUCCGAUGACGCCGCCGUCCACGAAACGCAAAGUUGUUGCGUUGGCCGCCGACACGUCUCCAGAACCACGUUCGCGCCACCUCGGCGGACUACCCGCCCCGCGAUGGCGGGUCUCCCGCAUGCCCCGACGACCCGCUCGCUCGUGCACCAGGUCGACUCAUCUCCUCUUGACGCAUCACAGCGAGCUCCGACAGCGCCAAGUUAAGUUAGUACAGCACACACCACACGCACACCGAUCUCUCUCUCUCUCCUAAAACAACCCAAACCGGCACGGCGAGUACGCUUCAAUGUUGAUGUCGGGGGUCCGGCCGCUGAUCUGGUCGGCCAAGAUGGCCGCCGACCCAAACGAUAAGCUCCAUCCCUUGGACCCAUGGCCCGAGU